AUGAAAUCAAUGUACAUGAAUAUGAACUCAUAUAAAACUAGGAAAGAUAUCGCUACACAAACAGAUUCGGCGUCAGAAUAUUCUAGUGAAACUGAUGGUUCUGAUGAAUCAGAGAUAAAUAAUUAUUCAGGUUUCGAUUCAAAUCUAAUAUCAUCCAAAUUAUCAACAAAUUCUUCUCAAGCUAUAGAAUCUACCAUAAUCGAAUUAACUGAUGUAAAUAAUAAUAAUAAGGUUACUGCUUCAUCACAUAAUCUACCUGGCUGUGAUAUUAAUGCUACUUCGUUUACAACAGAUACAACUGGACAAUUAAUUCAACACCAACAGGUACAAAAGUCGGAUAUAAUUGUAAAAUCUAAUUCUCAACAAGUAUACUUCAACUCAUCAGUCGAUACUCACAAUAGUAUUAAUAAUAAUAACAAUACCAGCACCAUCAACCACAGUAAUUUAACAGAUUGUGAUAAACGUAAUAGUUCAGCCAGUCUUGACAGUGGACGAGAUUCUACAUAUGCUACAGGAAGUGAAGGUAGUAGUGGGGUUCAAUAUCCUCAACAAUAUUCUUCAGAUGAUGGGUAUAUUCUAUCACCAACCUUACCGUACUGUUAUAAUAGUCAAAUAUCAAGGAAUAACAUUAUCUCAACUCGUAAAAUUAAUCAUAAUUCCAACAGUUGUACAUCAUUUGAUCAUAACUCUUCAUUACCAGUAGCAACGAUAUUACCAUUUUAUAAUCAUCAUAAUUCAACUAUUUAUAACGUUAGUAAUUGCUGUGUGAAUAAUAAUAGUAGUAAUGCUAGUAGUAGUCAUAGUAGAAAUUCUUCAUGUCAUCAGUUUAAACAAUACCACCAACAACAGUUCAAUAAAGAUGAUACCUUGACAUCGCCAACACACAAGUAUAACAAUAAUAGCAGUAUAGAUAAUAAAAUUGUCAAUUCUAUGCUGCAAUGUACAGAACCUUGUGAAUAUUAUCAUAUUCCAUCGUAUCAAUCUGCCAGGAAUUGUUGUUCAACUACUAAUCUUAUCAAACCAUCAACAUCACCGUCAUCGCCAACACAACAGCAACAAUCAUGUUUGGCGUCUUAUUCACCUUGUCAAGAAAAACAUUUUACUGAUUUUGAUGUUUCAAGACUAAAAAUACCAGCAAAUAUGUAUCAUCAAUCGCAGUUUCUUUCGAAUAUCCCAACGCAACCAAUAAAUAGUAAUCAAUGCCAACAACAAUCACAUCAAUCAGUUCGUUCUGCGUUAAUCAAUCCCGAUGAUGAAGCGUUGUUUGCAUGGUUAAGAUCAGUUGGUCUUAGUCGAUUAAGUGGAUGUUUAUCAAAAUCCGGUUUCGAUCUAUGGACACUGUGUCAUACAACACCGGAAGAAUUGAAUGCUUGCGGAAUUACUAAUCCAUUUGAUCGACAAAUUUUGAGAAACCAGCUUGCUACUCUUCAAUUAUCAGAUCCAUUUACAGAAAAGCAACUGCCGGCUAGUGUUCAUGAAUGGUUAAUACAAUUACAUUUACAACAAUAUUGGCCUAAAUUUAAUGAUCAAGGUUUAAUAACAUUUGAACAAAUUAUUCGUAUUACUUGGGAUGAUUUAGAAGAGAUUGGUGUUUCCAAAUUAGGUCAUCAAAAGAAACUUCUCACUGCUAUUAGUAAAUUAAAUCGUCUAGUUUUAUCAUCAAAAAUCAAUUGUACUACUACAGGUUAUAAUUUGAAUCCUUCAAUGAAUUAUAAUAAAUCAAUUUAUCCACUUCAGAAAGAUAUUAAUUACGUACAAUCAUCUACUUCAUCAUUUGUUCAAAAUGAUAAUGGGUCAUCAUCAUCACCACUAGUAAAUUGUGAUUAUGUGACAAAAUUGUCACAACAUCAACCUAAUUACUAUAAUGUUGAUAGAACAAGUGAAAUUAAAAAGAAGGAAUAUCGUCAACAAUCUUUAAAAGUUUCAGAAAUCGGAGUACAAGUUGAAGGAAGUCUAACGAAAUCACAUACUUCACCGUCAUCACCUUGUUCUUCUUCUUCCAAUUCAACAACCUCAGAUUUAUCAUCAAAUGAUUCACGAUAUUCCCUUCCUCCGCCAGUUGAUUUUCAAGACUCACCACCGAAAUCAUCUUCAUCCUGUUUUCCAACUAUUUCAUUAAUUCACAAUUCAGAACAUUCAGGUUCUAAUUUACAACAGUCUAAUUCUUCUUGUAUAAUAAAUGGACAAUUAAGAUCUAAUCUUUCCUCUUGUACUACUAUAGCUAAUAACAAUGUUCAAUCUUCUCAUUCAUUAUGUAAUAUUCAUAAUCCUAUAAAUGUGGAUAACACAUUAUUAAACACAAAUUCAACAUCUAUACACUUCAGUAGUUCUGAGUAUCAGAAAGAAGAACAAUUGAAUAAAGUAGAACAAUCGAAUAUAUUUCGAAGACGUUCUUCCAAUCCUACAUUAUAUUCACUGAAACCUAAUGAUCCUGUACAAAAUACUAACGAUUUAUCAAAAUGGUCCUCAGGUCUUUUAACAACUCCACAAUUACGACUCCCAAUCAAUGUCAAUUCCAGUUCUGAUCCAGAUUUGGAAGCUAUGCACAAUAUACAAAUUAUGCUUGAUCAAAUUAGUGAACGUCUUAUCUUAACUAAUAAAUAG